AAUGACGUGCCAUCAUCUGGUAGUCCGAGCAUACGCUACAUCAAACUAAAGCGGAACACCAUAACAAUAGCUCCGUUGACUUGGUCAACGGUUACCUUCUUCUACAAACGCGAAGUGAGGAAUAGUGGUGAUGACCAAGACUCACAUUGUGGAAAUUGAAAUUUUGUUAUCUAUAUUUCUCUCACCGACAGCAGUUGCGGUCAAGGAUUUUCCGCGGCAGAGAAGCUCUUUUAGUGCUGAUUUCUUCGCCAUUUUCCGGGAAAAUUUCGAGCCGCUAAUUUGGGAUUUUCCUGGAAAAAUUUUCAGCCAUUUCGUCUUCCGCAACUACUAUCCAGUUCUGCUGGUUUCCGAGAUGGAAGUGAGCAUAACUAAAAGUGCCUCUUUCACUCCGCUGGCAAGCUGGGAAGAAUUUAAAAAAUUUGAAGAAUUUAAGAGUGAAAUAGAAGAAAACAAGCUGGGAAGUGACAUGGCUGAAGCCAGACAAUUGGAGCAGAUAAGUGCAUUACAUGAAAAAGCUGAGACUCCAACAUCUUAUGGUGAGAAACAGAGGAGGUACCUGAGCAAGCGAAGUUCUCUGCCUAGGCAACUCGUGGCACCUUUGGGGUCAUUUUAUUGCCCUAUCACUCUGGAUGUUAUGGUUGACCCUGUGGAAAUUUCCUCUAGUAGGACAUUUGAGAGAAGUGCUAUUGAGAGGUGGUUUGCAGAUGGAAACAGAUAUUGUCCAGUGACGUCAUCUCCCUUGAACGAUUUGGUAUUGCGGCCUAAUAGAAACCUUCGACAAUCAAUUGAAGAAUGGAGAGAAAUGAACAACAUGAUCACUAUUGUUUCCAUCAAACCUAAACUUCAGUCAAGUGAAGAGCAAGAGGUCAUUCAAUCUCUGCAGAAGCUUCAUGAUCUCUGCACAGAACAUGAAUUAAACCGAGAGUUGGUGUCACUGGAGGAUUAUAUACCAAUUCUUGUUGGACUUCUUUAUGCAAAAAGUCGUGAAACAAGAACUCUAGCCCUAGCAAUCCUCUAUAUCCUAGCAAAGGAUAGUCAUGACAAUACGGAAAGAAUUGCUAAAGUAGACAAUGUACUGCAACCUAUUGUGCGAUCACUUGCACGUCAAAUAGGGGAAAGUAAAUUAGCAUUGCAGCUGUUAUUGCAGCUAUCAAGAUGUAAAGAAGUAAGAGAAGUCAUCGGAACCAUUCAAGGCUCUAUACUUCUCCUAGUUUCUUUGUUAAACAGUGAUGAUAGUCAAGCUUCAGGAGAUGCAAAAGAACUUUUGGAUAAUCUAUCAUUCCUUCACCAGAAUGUUAUAGACAUGGCAAAGGCAAAUUAUUUCAAACCUUUGUUGCAGCUUCUUUCUUCAGGACCGGAUAAUGUUAGAAUGAUCAUGGCAGAUACAUUAUCAGAAAUUAAGUUAACUGAUCAUGGAAAGUUGUCCCUCUUUAAAGAUGGUGCCUUGGAACCGCUUCUUAAGCUGCUUUGUCAUGAUGAUCUAGAGAUGAAAGGAGUGGCAGUUAAAGCCCUUCAGAACCUGUCAAGCUUACCAGAAUAUGGCCUCCUGAUGAUUAGAGAAGGUGCACUUGGACCACUAUUUGAAAUCCUUUAUCGCCACAGCUUAUCAUCACCAAGUAUGCGUGAACAAGUAGCAGUCAUAAUCAUGAACCUUGCCAUAUCAACCAAUGCCCAAGAAUCUGAUCACGAGCAAGUCUCAUUGCUGGAAUCUGAUGAAGAUGUUUUCAAACUCUUCUCCCUUAUUUCCUUGACAGGACCUGAUAUUCAAAGAUGCAUUCUCCAAGCUUUUCACGCAAUAUGCCAAUCUUCUUCUGGUUCUAACAUUAGAACAAUGUUAAGACAGCUUUCUGCUGUCCAAGUAUUGGUUCAAUUAUGUGAGCUACGAAACCAUGUGGAGGUUAGGGCAAGUGCUGUGAAGCUGUUCCAUUGCUUGACAGAAGAUGGUGAUAACGCUGUCUUUCAGGAGCAUGUGGAUGAAAGAUGCAUUGGGACAUUGCUAAGAAUCAUAAAAACUUCUGAUGAUGAGGAAGAGAUAGCUGCUGCAAUGGGCAUCGUCUCCAAUCUUCCACUUGACUCAGAUAUAACCCAGUGCCUUCUAGAUGCUGGGGCACUGGACAUUAUUUGUACUUUUUUAAGUGAUGGAAACAUAAAUUCUAGGCAUAGACAACAAGUGUCAGAGAAUGCUGUUAAAGCUCUUUGUCGUUUCACUGUUUCAACAAAUCAGGAAUGGCAAAAAAGGGUAGCCAAAGCUGGAUUUAUCCCUUUGCUGGUACAGUUACUCGUUUCUGGAACUCCUUUGACAAAGAAAAGUGCAGCCAUCUCGAUUAAGCAGUUUUCAGAAAGUUCCACUGCACUGAGCAAACCAAUCAAGCAUGGCACUAUCUGGUGUUGCUUGGCUGCACCACAAAGAGGCUGCCCGGUACACAUGGGAAUAUGUACUGUAGACUCUUCCUUCUGCAUUUUAGAGGCUAAUGCUCUGGAGCCACUUCUAAGGAUUCUCAGUGAGAAUGAUGUUGGAGCUGCUGAAGCUUCUCUAGAUGCAAUCAACACAUUGAUUGAUGGUGAAAAACUGCAAAGCGGUUGCAAGUUGUUUGCCGAAAGAGAUGCCAUACCACCAAUCAUUAAAUUACUGAGUUCAAGUUCUGCACAUUUGCAGGAGAAGGCACUCCUUGUUCUAGAAAGGAUAUUCCGGCUAGUUGAGAUGAAACAGAUGUAUGCACAGUCUGCUGAAAUGCCAUUAGUUGACAUUACUCAGAGAGGUACAAGUGGCAUGAAAUCCUUAGCUGCUAGGGUGCUUGCUCACUUGAAUGUUCUUGGUGAACAAUCGUCCUUUUUCUGAUUAUUCUUUUAAGUUCUUUGCUCCACUUUGCACAAAAAGUGGAUCACAAUGCUCUUCAAAUAAAGGCUACUUGUAAAA